AGAGGAGGGUCAGGCGAGAGGCCCACUGGAGGGUAACACACAUGGAGUUCAGUGACCCCUUUGUUCCUUGAGGAGAGAGGACCUAUUUCUACCUAAGGACAUUCCCGGAAGGCAAUGGGUUUCAAACAAUAUCCUGAAGAGACUCAUCUCAGGGAACUAAGCAGGUGGUAAUCAGAGAACACAGAGCCCCCGGAAGAAUUUUAUGGCAUUUCAGGCAAGCCACAGGCCAGCCUGGGGAAAAAGCAGGAAGAAAAACUGGCAAUACGAGGGCCCAACCCAAAAGUUAUUCCUGAAGAGAAACAAUGGGCCUGAGCAGUAGCCUGCCUGAUGAUGAUCAAGCAGAGCCCUGCAAGUUUCAAGAGGAAUGUCAGUGACUCUUCACUGAAACCCCCCAGUGUCAGCACCAGAUGGGCCUUCAGACCUCAGCAUCUCCGCGAGCAGUGAGCAAAGCGGGGCACAGCAGCCUCCCGGUUUACAGAGUCUCCCUCUGUCACCCAGGCUGGGGUGCAGUGGUGCCAUCUCAGCUCAAUGCAGCCUCCACCUCCCGGGUUCAAGCGAUUCUCCUGCCUCAGCCUCGUGAGUUUCUGGGAUUACAGGUUGAAAGGAUUGUUGACAAAAGGAAAAAUAAAAAAGGGAAGACAGAGUAUUUGGUUCGGUGGAAAGGCUAUGACAGCGACGACGACACUUGGGAGCCGGAACAGCACCUCGUGAACUGUGAGGAAUACAUCCACGACUUCAACAGACGCCACACGGAGAAGCAGAAGGAGAGCACAUUGACCAGAACAAACAGGACCUCUCCCAACAAUGCUAGGAAACAAAUCUCCAGAUCCACCAACAGCAACUUUUCUAAGACCUCUCCUAAGGCACUCGUGAUUGGGAAAGACCACGAAUCCAAAAACAGCCAGCUGUUUGCUGCCAGCCAGAAGUUCAGGAAGAACACAGCUCCAUCUCUCUCCAGCCGGAAGAACAUGGACCUAGCGAAGUCAGGUAUCAAGAUCCUCGUGCCUAAAAGCCCCGUUAAGAGCAGGACCGCAGUGGACGGCUUUCAGAGCGAGAGCCCCGAGAAACUGGACCCCGUCGAGCAGGGUCAGGAGGACACAGUGGCACCCGAAGUGGCAGCGGAAAAGCCGGUCGGAGCUUUAUUGGGCCCCGGUGCCGAGAGAGCCAGGAUGGGGAGCAGGCCCAGGAUACACCCGCUAGUGCCUCAGGUGCCCGGCCCUGUGACUGCAGCCAUGGCCACAGGCUUAGCUGUUAACGGGAAAGGUACAUCUCCGUUCAUGGAUGCAUUAACAGCCAAUGGGACAACCAACAUACAGACAUCUGUUACAGGAGUGACUGCCAGCAAAAGGAAAUUUAUUGACGACAGAAGAGACCAGCCUUUUGACAAGCGAUUGCGUUUCAGCGUGAGGCAAACAGAAAGUGCCUACAGAUACAGAGAUAUUGUGGUCAGGAAGCAGGAUGGCUUCACCCACAUCUUGUUAUCCACAAAGUCCUCAGAGAAUAACUCACUAAAUCCAGAGGUAAUGAGAGAAGUCCAGAGUGCUCUGAGCACGGCCGCUGCCGAUGACAGCAAGCUGGUACUGCUCAGCGCCGUUGGCAGCGUCUUCUGUUGUGGACUUGACUUUAUUUAUUUUAUACGACGUCUGACAGAUGACAGGAAAAGAGAAAGCACUAAAAUGGCAGAAGCUAUCAGAAACUUCGUGAAUACUUUCAUUCAAUUUAAGAAGCCCAUUAUUGUAGCAGUCAAUGGCCCAGCCAUUGGUCUAGGAGCAUCUAUAUUGCCUCUUUGCGAUGUGGUUUGGGCUAAUGAAAAGGCUUGGUUUCAAACACCCUAUACCACCUUCGGACAGAGUCCAGAUGGCUGUUCUACCGUUAUGUUUCCCAAGAUAAUGGGAGGAGCAUCUGCAAACGAGAUGCUGCUCAGUGGACGGAAGCUGACGGCGCAGGAGGCGUGUGGCAAGGGCCUGGUCUCCCAGGUGUUUUGGCCCGGGACAUUCACUCAGGAAGUGAUGGUUCGCAUUAAGGAGCUUGCCUCGUGCAAUCCAGUUGUGCUUGAGGAAUCCAAAGCCCUCGUGCGCUGCAACAUGAAGAUGGAGCUGGAGCAGGCCAACGAGAGGGAGUGUGAGGUGCUGAAGAAAAUCUGGGGCUCGGCCCAGGGGAUGGACUCCAUGUUAAAGUACUUGCAGAGGAAGAUCGAUGAGUUCUGAGUGUCGGGCUGCCCACUGGUGACACCGGGAUCGGGCUGAGCAGGAGUACAUCACCGGCUCCAGUUGCCCUGAUCCAUUCUCACAGCCUGAGACAAGCUCACCUGUAGCUUACGCUUGGAAGCAGGACUGGGAACAUCCACGCUAUUUAUUAUCGAGGAGUUUUAAAGUACUGUAACUUUAAAAUAAAUAACUACAAAGCUUCUUUGUCCAAACGUCAUUAUUUUAUACUUAUAUACACGCAGGUGUAAAAGUAUAAAGGUGAGCACUAGACUGCUCUUAGAAGCUCUAAUUUUUGUUUUCUUUGGCUAGUACUGUAUAAAAAACAGAAUUGUGUUUUAUUGGUUUUGGAUGACAGAAAAGUCUGGAAUAAUGUUUGUUUUCCUCAUUUCUUCCUUCUAGAACACAGAAUCUAAAGGGGUAUUAGCCAGCCUCGCCUCCCUGCCCCACGUAGAGACACAGAGUGAUGUGAGGCGUUGGCUUUUUCUCCAAGAAGGUACAGAUACCUCAGAUUCGGGAAACUCAAAAUCAAAAGACUUAGCUUCUAGGAUAAAUACUUCUGAUGAAAAAUCCGCUGAGGAGCAUACCCCAAACCAGACAUAUGCUUAGGAUUCAUGCUGAGAUGUCAAUUGGUUUCCCCUUCUUUUUAAAAUACAUCCAGUUCUUACCCAGCUAACAUGAAGAAACCACUGUCUCUAGAAGAAAGCUUGUUUUGCAGUAUUAGUGAAUCACUGAAUAGCUUAAGUAUGUCUAAGUUAUAAGUUAGUCUUUAGUGGGUUUUAAAUAGUUUUUCUGACCCUUCUGAAAAAUAACUACAUAAGUGCUUCUUGUUGCUGGGUGAGAAAUACUACUUUAUAGACAGUUUUGGUUUUCUAUUUGCAGAUAUGGUUGAUGUAUUUCACCAAAAUAAAAUAUUUUUAUGUUUAUAAAGUGUAAUUUUUAGGUUCACUUAGAAUAUAUUUUAUUUAAUAAGUUAAAAUUCUUUUGGCACACUAUUAAAUGCAAAAACUCCUUUCAAAACAAAAAAGAACUACCUUAUAUUCAACAUUUAAUGUUCUUGGCCUCUGCUUUUAUGUCUAUACAAUAUACUGAGUUCAGUAUGGUGUCCAAGAGUGCCCUGUGUGGAUAGACACGUGCACUCCUUCCAGGAGUGGGUACUGAUUCCAGACUCCAGAUGCCUAUUAUUAGUUAGGCUUCUGAGCUUGCAAUCAUAUUGAAUGUAUGAAGAGCGAAAUAAAAUCAAAUUCUUAUUUUUGUACAGUUUUGAAGUUUAUACUUAGAACUGACCACCUCCCCGGCCACGCGGAGAGCUGUACAGUGUGUAAAUCUGCCUUUAUCUUGGAUUGAUUGGUACAGUAUUUUUGCAUCUGUGGGACCUACCUUUUCGUUCAGUAGUUUGAACUAUAUAUAAACUGUACAAUCUGUAAAGUUUUUAUAGAAUAAAUAUUCAGCUGUGAAAACUGGUUAAAUAAAACUAAUAUUUCUUAACACA